AUGUCGGUUAUUUCACAACGUACAGCUGCAUUGGUCGCAGGAUUUUCAAUUUUAAUUAUGGCAAUUCUCGCAGGGUUUGCCUAUGGUUUUGUUCUCAACGGUCUUAUUGUGCCUGACAAUACAACUUUAACAGCUAAUAAUAUUAAGUCUUCUAUAAUGCUAUUUCGUGUUGGCAUUUUCAGCUUUCUUCUCGUGCUUAUCUUUGAUGUGUUGGCGGCUUGGUCACUUCAUGUUUUUCUCAAACUAUUAAACGAAAAUCUUUCAUUGCUUACUGCUUGGUUUCGGCUUGUCUAUUCAGCAAUUUUGGGAAUUGCCCUACUAAAUUUAGCUUUUGUUGUGUUACUAUUGAAUGGUUCAAAUUACUUGUCUGUUUUUGAAACAAAUCAGUUAAAUGCCUUGGUAACAUUCUUUUUAAAAGGGUUUAAUAAUAUUUGGUCGAUGGGGUUAGUUGUUUUUGGAUGUCAUCUUUUUGUUCUUGGCUAUUUAGUUUUCAAGUCUGGUUAUAUUCCCAAACUAUUUGGUAUUUUAUUAAUCAUUGCUUCUUUGUGUUACAUCACCAGUAAUUUUGCUAAUUUACUAUUAUCCAAUUACGAAAAAUAUAAAGCAACAGUUGAAUUAUUUAUUAGCUUACCUAUGAUUAUUGGUGAGCUGGGAUUUGGUUUGUGGCUUUUAUUUAAAGGUGGUAUAGAACCGCAGAGUGAGAAUGAUUUAAACGAAAAAACAGACUGA